AUGGUAGAUGCAGUAUCAAAGGCUGCUGGUCAGACAAGACAAUCAAAUGCUGCGUUGACACCCAGGCUGCAGGCUGUGAUCUGGACUGAAAGACUGCUCAGAGAGGAGAAGAGAGGAAGAAGAGAGAAAAGGAAGAAGAGUUGGAAGAAGAACAAGAACAAGAAGAAGAAGAUAUCUGUGUGA